UCAAGCACAUCAGGACCGACAUUCAGUUUGAAGAGAGCUCCUGUCCAAACUUGACUUUAGCUCCGAGCAUCACAUCCACAGUUUAUCUCAUCACGGUCACGGCAUCACCAGCACAGCCGAGGAGUUUGAGCAGCGCGCAGAUCGGAUACAUUUGAACGACGAAUCUCCAGAGAGACUCGCAUCAUGCUCAGAUCAUUUUUAUAAACAUGGAGGAGAGCACUACCUGUGAAUCAGUCCCAGAUUUAAAGGAUCUGGAGUUGAAAGUGGGGAGAAAGACCCCAGAGGGGCUCUUGAAGUGGAUGAGAGAGGAGCACAAAAUGAUCUCUCAUCAUCAGACUGACAAUAAUGAGACUGAGAAGAAGGGCCUGGAUGAGAAGAUCCGAAAACUUAGAAUGGAGAUGGCUCAUCUACGAGCAGCAGAUGUCAAGAUCUUGAACCAGUUGCUAGCACUUCAUGAGGGCAUCGAGGCAGUGAAAUGGCUUCUGGAAGAGCGUGGUGCACUCACCAGUCACUGCAGCAGCCUGACCAGCAGCCAGUUCAGCUUAGGGGAGGGUCCCGACACCUCAUGGAGGGGCAGCUGGAGCAGUCUGCAGGACCCCCAUGACAAGCUGGACAACAUUUCCAUUGGCAGCUAUCUGGACACAUUAGCUGAUGACCUGGAUGAGUACUGCCCCUCUAGUGGAACUGAUUCAAUACUCUGUGCCACCCCUAUGGGGACAGAUGGCUCCAGAGGUACUGGAGGAGGAAGUUCCACUGGAUCUGGAACCAGAUCUCCACAAGUCAAGUCCGAUGCCCCUAAAGAAGAAGCUCAGGUUUGGAAUAAAGCACCAUCUGAUACAGCAAGACCGUACCAGCCCAACAAGACCAAUGGAAUCCUGGACAAAGCAGUGAAGCAAAUGGUCAGACCAGAUUCACCCAGAGCUUGUCUCGCUGAGAAGCUGGGGAAGAAUCUGAGCCCUAAAAUGAAACCCUACAAGAAUGGCAAAGUUGAGUUGGAGAGCUGCAAAAUGAACGGCAAAGUUCAACUGGAGUAUGACGCACACUGGCGUUGGCUGCAGUCACAGGAUGAUGUGACGUUUUUGUGAUAAUAUAUGCAAGGAAUAAUUGACGACGA